AUGGGUCUACUCUUUUCCUUCUUGGUCAUCCUGGUGCUUUUUAUCAUUGGCAUCAUCCAAAAGCUCAAUACAGAAAAACCCCAAGGGAAGUAUACUUUAUCUCCUUCUGUGUCAGACAGUGAAGAAAUAGAACAUCAAUCUCCUUGGAAAAUGACUCUGUACAAUCUUGAGGAUUCCACAGGGCACACCAGGAGGCAAAAAGAGAUGAAGCAGCCAGAGACUGUUACCAAGGCAUCAAGAAGACUAGAAGAUGACAGAACACAGGCCCCUGUAGCACCAGAAACUAGGGCUCAGGAGGAAGUAGAACACAAGCCACCAAAAAAAGUUUUCCCAAACUCAGUUCUUUUCCAACACUGGGGUGAAGGCUUGACUGAAUCCCAACAGGUGUUGGCCCAGGAACUUUUCAUUCAGUUUGGAUACAAUGUGUACCUGAGCAACCAGCUGCCUCUCAAUCGCUCUACUAAAGACUUUCGAAGCCCCAGGUGUCUUGAGAAGCAAUAUCCCCGCCAACUCCCAACCCUCAGUGUCAUUCUCACAUUGAUGAAUGAAGCCAUGUCUGUUAUCCAUAGAGCAAUCAUCAGUAUCAUCAGUAAGACCCCUUCUCACUUGCUUAAGGAGAUCAUCCUGGUAGAUGACUUUAGUUCAAAUGAGGAGCUCAAGAGCGAUUUGAACAAACAGAUCCAGCUUUACAAAAAGAAGUAUCCCACACUACUGAAACUAAUACGUCAUACCAAAAGAAGAGGCCUUACGCAGGCUCGCCUCUCUGGCUAUCAAGCUGCCACAGCAGAUGUGGUUGCCAUCUUGGAUGCUCAUGUGGAAGUCAACACUGGAUGGGCAGAACCCAUCUUAGCUCGGAUCAAAGAAGACCGCACUGUGAUUGUAUCACCAAUAUUGGACAAAAUUUCUUUUGAUACCUUAGAAUUGCAUCAAUAUUCAAUGGCUCCCAUUGGUUUUGACUGGGAACUCUGGUGCCUCUUUGAUUAUAUGCCAAUGGACUGGUUUUUCCUGAAAGAUGAAACUGCACCUGUGAAGAGUCCUUCGGUCAUGGGUGUCUUUGCUGCAAACAGAUUGUUCUUGAGAAUGAUUGGGUCCCUGGAUGCUGGCAUGAUGAUCUAUGGGGGAGAGAAUGUGGAGCUGGCCCUGAGGGUAUGGCAGUGUGGGGGGAAGAUUGAAAUCUUACCCUGUUCCCGGAUUGCUCACCUAAAUCGAGCCACCAAGCCCUAUGCCUCCAAUUUGAAGUUAUUCAUGAAACGCAAUGCUCUUCGUGUGGCUGAAGUCUGGAUGGAUGAAUACAAAUACAUGGUCUACUUCUCUUGGAAUCUGCCUCUGGAGAACCAUGGAGUUGACUAUGGAGACGUGUCUUCUAGAAAAAAGCUACGAAAAAAACUCAAGUGCAGAAGCUUUGACUGGUACCUCAAAAAUGUUUACCCAUCUCUGAAUCCUAUUCCCAACAUUGUUGCCUAUGGAAUGCUGAGAAAUUCUUUAAAUGGGAACCUCUGCAUUGACCAAGGACCUCAGCAAGAAACCACUCCGAUCAUGUUUUACUGCCAUGGACAUGAAUCACAGAUUGUAUUUUACUCUCUGACUGGACAGCUGUAUCUGGGGAAGAGAUAUGAAAAAUGGCAUGCAUAUUUCCAAUGCCUGGUGGACUUUGGAGAAGGACGGGGGCCAAAAUUAGUGUCAUGCUCUGAAGCAGCUGAAAAGGGGAUGCACAUAUUUUGGGAUUUUAAACAGGGGGCAGCUAUCAUCAACAGAAACACCAAGAGGUGCAUGGAGAUCAAGAAGGGCCCUUCAGAAUCCUACAUUCUAAUCUUCCAGGAAUGUACUGGGCAAUCAUGGAACAUCCAACAUACUGUCAAAAACCAGGGAAUCCCAGAAGCCUUUGGUUAA